AUGGUCUUGGAGAGGACGCCGAAUCCUCCCAUCUGCCCUUCUCUAGAACACGCUGUUAACAGCGAGAAAGACUUCAAGGUGGAACAACUUUGUGACAACAGAUUUUCUGUGCUUGUUCAGGGAGACACAGAUGUGAACCAGUGGGGAGCGCGAGCGGCAGCCGCGGUCCGGGCCGUGAGGAGGCACGAGCGAGACGCCAAAGCCAUGCGGUGCCCGCAGCCGCCGGACGGGGCCGCCUCGCCCCCCGAGAGUCUGAGGAACGGCUACGUGAAGAGCUGCGUGAGCCCCCUGCGGCAGGACCCUCCGCGCGGCUUCUUCUUCCACCUCUGCCGCUUCUGCAACGUGGAGCUGCUGCUGCCGCCACCGGCCUCCCCCCAGCAGUCGCGCCGCGGCUCCCCCUCCGCCCGGGCGCGCCUCUCGCUGGGCGCCCUGGCCGCCUUUGUCCUCGCCCUGCUGCUCGGCUCGGGGCCCGGGAGUUGGGCUGCCGGGGCCGCCCGGCUGCGGACCCUGCUGAGCGUGUGCUCUCACAGCCUCAGCCCCCUGUUCAGCAUCGCCUGUGCCUUUUUCUUCCUCACCUGCUUCUUGACCCGGAGCAAGCGGGGCCCCGGGCCGGGCCGGAGCGGCGGCGGCUCCUGGUGGCUGCUGGCGCUGCCCGCCUGCUGUUACCUGGGGGACUUCUUGGUGUGGCAGGCGUGGGCUUGGGCUUGGGGGUCCGGAGACGCGGGGGCCUCCGCCGCGGCCCCGCACACGCCCCCGGCGGUGGCGGGCAGGUUGUUCUUGGUGCUGAGCUGCGUGGGCUUGCUGACGCUCGCGCACCCGCCGAGGCUCCGGCACAGCAUCCUGGUGCUGCUCUUCUCCAGCUUCGUCUGGUGGGUCUCCUUCACCGGCCUCGGGUCUCUGCCCGCUGCCCUCAGGCCGCUGCUCUCCUGCCUGGUCGGGGACGCCGGCUGCCUGCUAGCCCUGGGCUUGGAUCACUUCUUUCAGAUCAGGGAAGCCCCUCACCAUCCUCGCUUGGCCAGUGCCUCCGAGGACAAAGUGCCUGUGAUCAGACCCCGCAGGAGGUCCAGCUGCGUGUCGUUCGGAGAAACUUCGGCCGGUUACUCCGGCAGUUGCAAGAUGUUCAGGAGACCUUCGUUGCCUUGCAUUUCCCGAGAACAGAUGAUUCUUUGGGAUUGGGACUUAAAGCAAUGGUAUAAACCUCAUUAUCAGAAUUCUGCAGGUGGAAGUGGAGUGGAUCUUUCAGUGCUAAAUGAGGCUCGCAAUAUGGUGUCAGAUCUGCUGAUCGAUCCAACCCUUCCCCCACAAGUUAUUUCCUCCCUGCGGAGUAUCAGUAGCUUGAUGGGUGCUUUCUCAGGUUCCUGUAGGCCAAAGCUUAAUCCUCUCACGCCAUUUCCUGGAUUUUACCCCUGCUCAGAAAUAGAGGACCCAACUGAGAAAGGAGAUCGAAAACUUCACAAGGGACUAAAUAGUAGGAGUAGUUUACCAACUCCACAGCUGAGGAGGAGUUCCGCAACCUCAGGUCUGCCUCCCGUUGAACAGUCUUCAAGGUGGGAACGCAAUAAUGGCAAGAGGCCACACCAAGACUUUGGCAUUUCAAGUCAAGGAUCCUAUCUAAAUGGGCCUUUUAGUUCAAGUCUACAGACAAUCGCGAAGCAAAGGUCAUCUUCUGUAUCCCUAGCUCACCAUGUAGGUCUGAGAAGAGCUGGUGCUUUCCCCAGCCUGAGUCCUGUGAAUUCUCCCAGCCAUGGACCAGUGUCUCCUGGCUCUCUAACCAGUCGAUCACACAUAGAAUUUCCUGACACUGCCAAUUUUCUUACUAAGCCAAGUGUUAUUUUACACAGAUCUCUGGGCAGUGCACCCAAUUCACCAGAUACUUAUCAGCAACUCAGAAAUUCUGAUAGCAGUUUGUGUAACAGCUGUGGACAUCAAAUAUUGAAAUACGUGUCAACAUUCGAAUCUGAGUCUGGUACAGACUGCCAUGGUGGAAAGUCAGGUGACGAAGAUAGCACCAUUCCCUCAAAACAAUCAUUCAACUGCACAGAAGCGCAGGAAGUGGAAACAGAGAACAGAGACUACAGAAAAUUAUUUUUGGAAGGUGAUAAUCACCUAACAGAAGAGGCACAGAAUGAACAGCAACCAAAUAUUGAACAGGAAGCAUCACUGGAUCUGAUUUUAAUAGAAGAUUAUGAUUCCUUAAUAGAAAAGAUGAGCAACUGGAAUUUUCAAAUAUUUGAAGUUGUAGAAAAAAUGGGAGAGAAAUCAGGAAGGAUCCUUAGUCAGGUUAUGUAUACCUUAUUUCAAGACACUGGCUUAUUGGAAAUAUUUAAAAUCCCCACUCUACAGUUCAUGAACUAUUUUCGUGCAUUGGAGAAUGGCUACCGAGACAUUCCUUAUCAUAAUCGCAUACACGCCACAGAUGUCCUGCAUGCAGUUUGGUAUCUGACAACGCGGCCAGUUCCUGGUUUACAGCAGAUCCACAAUGACCAUGCAGCAGGAAAUGAAACAGAUUCUGAUGGCAGAAUGAACCCUGGGCAGUUGGCUUACAUUUCUUCGAGGAGCUGCUCUAUUCCAGACGAGAGCUAUGGUUGCCUUUCUUCAAACAUUCCUGCGCUGGAAUUGAUGGCUCUCUAUGUGGCAGCCGCCAUGCAUGAUUACGAUCACCCAGGGCGGACAAAUGCAUUUCUAGUGGCUACAAAUGCCCCUCAGGCAGUUUUGUACAACGACAGAUCUGUUCUAGAAAAUCAUCAUGCUGCAUCAGCUUGGAAUCUGUAUCUCUCUCGCCCAGAAUACAACUUCCUUCUUAAUCUUGAUCAUGUGGAAUUCAAGCGCUUUCGUUUUUUGGUCAUUGAAGCAAUCCUUGCCACAGAUCUUAAAAAGCAUUUUGAUUUCCUUGCUGAAUUCAACGCCAAGGCCAACGAUGUAAAUAGUAAUGGCAUAGAAUGGAGCAACGAGAAUGACCGCCUCUUAGUCUGCCAGGUGUGCAUCAAGCUGGCAGACAUCAACGGCCCGGCGAAAGUUCGGGACUUGCAUUUGAAAUGGACAGAAGGCAUUGUCAAUGAAUUUUAUGAGCAGGGAGAUGAGGAAGCAAACCUCGGUUUGCCCAUCAGUCCCUUCAUGGAUCGUUCUUCGCCUCAGCUAGCAAAACUCCAAGAAUCUUUCAUCACCCACAUCGUGGGUCCUCUGUGUAAUUCCUACGACGCGGCUGGCUUGCUGCCGGGUCAGUGGGUAGAAGCAGAAGAGGACGAGGACACCGAGAGUUGUUAUGACGAAGAAGAUGGUGAAGAAUUAGAUACAGAUGAUGAAGAACUAGAAGACAGUCUAAAUCCUAAACCACGAAGGAGGAAAGGCAGACGGCGAAUAUUCUGUCAGCUAAUGCACCACCUCACUGAAAACCACAAGAUAUGGAAAGAAAUGAUAGAGGAAGAAGAGAAAUGUAAAGCUGAUGGGAAUAAACUGCAGGUGGAAACUCCUUCCUUACCUCAAGCAGAUGACAUUCAGGUCAUUGAAGAAGCAGAUGAAGAGGAGGAGAGACAGUUUGAAUAAAAGAAAAGGCAUAUCGUAGAAGCCUGGAGGGCUGUGCCCGGGGUCAGAAAUCCCUGCCUGGCACUCAGGGGACAGACCCGACACAGACCAUUCCUGCGGGGACAGGCCCGGCUACUGGGAGAAGCCCCCGCUGCUGUGUGCGCUCACCACACGGACAACGCAAGCAUCCUUAGAGCAUGGCUUCCGUGGACUCAUGUUGCAAAGCUCUUCGUCGAAGGCUUCACUGGUAUACCAGUACUCUGUCAUAAUAAUGCUUUGCCGGGUAGUAAGCUCUUCUUUUUCGUGAGCGGUAGCUAGAACUAAAAAUGCAAGUGACUUCCGUUUCCAAAGUGCCCAGAACUUUUUGCUUUCGUGAAAACAGGAUUCAUAGUGUUUUUUUCUGAAUGUCUUUUAGGUGUUUUGAACAUUUUGGCGGGAGCGGGGUUGGGGUGGCGGAGUCAGUGCCUGUCUAAAAAGGAAUCCAGUGUUGCCUUUCAGAGGGUCUGUUCAAUGCAAGACACCGUUCAGUGCUGUGCUCCCAGCCGGGUUUAUCCAUGAAAGACUGAGUGACCUUUGUUAAAUAUAAUAGAAUCCAGGUGCAUCAAUUUCUGAUGCUUCUUACUGUUGCGUGUUACCUACUAUGUGUGUUUGAGUUCUGCUCAGAGUAUUCAGGUUUACCAUGGACAUCAGAAGUCUGAAUUCCAGUCUUACUGACUUACAUUCCAUGGUUGGAUUUUUGAAGCUGUUUCGGGUGUAACAACGAAGGGAUUUUCUUCUUUAGUCAAAACUGUUCUUACUACUAUUGCUCAGGAUUCGUAUUUUUAAACAUUUAGUUUAAUAUAAACACAGAUUUGUCAGAAGAAAAAGGAACUGUCCUAAAGAGGUUAACCUUUUAUGAAAUGAGCAUUAUUCUUUCUUAGAUAAAUUUGAGUCUAAUCAAAAGAAAUAGGAGCCCCGAAAGCCACAGCGAAUAAUUGGAAUAUGCUUAUGUCUGGAUCCAUGUUAGGUGUUGUGCGUUUAGUCACUGUAAAACUGAUGCUUAUCCUUGUGCAUUUCCUGCCGCCUCGAGACGACACGACAGAAGUGACCUAGGACCACUCAGUACCUGCUAGAGCCCAGCUGUGAGUCUAAUCUUUAAAAAAAAAAAGUGGGAAUACUUAAUUGCAAAGAAAAUGGACCAUAUUUACAAUGUUCAUGAACUCCUAGGAUACAGAUAUGUACCUGAGUCAUGAAAGAUUUUUGAUGAUCUAAAGAACAGCCUAAAUGAUAACAGGAUGGGAGACCAAUCUUUUUUUUUUUUUCUUGGAGGCCCUAUUUUAGAUCUGUGUGGCUUUUGUAGACAGUAAAACCGUUAAUUUUCCAAGAUGAUUCCUUUUAAGUAUAAUGUCAGGCAAUUUCUUACCUACCUAGAAUAUUUGGCAUAUCUCAAAGAUAUAAAGAUCUAUAGAAAUGUUGGAAGUUUUGAUCUUGUAAAAUAUUGAAUGAAUCACCAAGCUUUAUUUAUUAGACAUGUUGAGUGCGAAGUUCCUCCCUGCCACUUUUGCUACAACUGCCACAUAAUUUGUAACCUGGUCGCACAUUACUAAGUAAUAAAAUUUUAACUAAUUUAUUGAGUUUGCACUUAAAAUAUAUAUAUCCUGGGCUCUUACUUCCCUGGUAUACAUUUUGCAUCCUGCGUAAGUAUAUUUCUGCUAUUGCAAAGUACAAGUGUAUAAAUUCACAUGUGCACAUAUGCAUAAUGAGACUCAGAUUUCCUAUUAAAAUUUUGUAUUGGGGUUAAUGUAUAUAUUUUCUCAAAAGGAAUGUUUUUAUUAAAAAUACUGUUACCGAGAACUCAUUUUUAAAUAAUUUAAAUUUAAUCUUUGCUAAAUAAUUGACAUAUUAAAAUAGACCAAAGAAAC